CACUUUCGUACUGUUUUUUGACACGCCUUUCCGAUAAUCGUUUAAUUUUUAAUUAAAUUGUGUGUGAUUUUGUGUGUUAUUCAUCAUCAUUUGACACCAUGACGGACACCUAUGGAACCCUGCCCACCGGGGGCAUAACCCUCAAAUGGGACCCCAAGAACCUGGAGAUCCGGACCACGUCAGUGGAGCGGACCCUGGAGCCCCUCGUGCUCCAGGUCACCACGCUCGUGAACAGCAAGGACAAGCAGGCCAAGAAGAAGAGACCGGGCAAGUCCAAGCGUGCGAGCGCUCUAGUCGCCACCGUGGAGCGCGCCACCGAGAUCUUCAUAGAGAGGGGCCAGACCAUCGCCUAUGAGAACCCUGAGAUCACCAGGGAGAUGCUGGCGGCCGUGGAAGAAGUCAGGAAGGCUGGUGCGGCCAUGAGUCUCGCGGCGCGCGAGUUUUCCGAGGAGCCCUGCGCUUCAGCGGUCCGCUCAUCCAUGGUCCGAGCGGCCCGCAACUUGUUGUCAGCUGUGACCCGUCUCCUGAUUCUGGCUGACUGUGUGGAUGUCCAUCAGCUGCUGUCCCGCCACCGAGCCGUGGAAACCGACCUGGACAAGCUGAAGUCGGCCUCCUCGCAGUCCGAGCUGGUGGAGUGCUCGCGGCAGCUGGGGCGCUCCGCCGCCGAGCUCGCCGCGGCCGCCGCGCGCCGCCAGCACGAGCUCAAGGAGCCGCGCAUGAAGGACGAGCUGGCUGCGGCACGCGCUGUGCUGAAGAAGCACUCCACCAUGCUGCUGACGGCUUCCAAGGUGUACGUCCGCCACCCCGAACUGGCGGCCGCCAAGGCCAACCGCGACUACGUGCUGCGCGCCGUGUGCUCCGCUGUCGACACCAUAGCCUGCGUGGCCCAAGGCCGAGCCCUACCCAACACCACACCAGCUGGAGGCAACGCCCGCCCACCAGUGGAAGGCCCCGGCGAGCUCGCCCAAGCCCUGGACGACUUCGACGAGCGCAUGGUCAUGGAGCCCCUCGCCUACUCCGAGCUGAGGACCAGGCCCUCGCUCGAGGAGCGGCUCGAGUCCAUCAUCUCCGGAGCGGCCCUCAUGGCGGACAGCUCCUGCACCAGGGACGAGCGCCGCGAGCGCAUAGUGGCGGAGUGCAACGCGGUGCGACAGGCGCUGCAGGACCUGCUGCACGAGUACAUGACCAACGCCGGAAAGCCAGAGCAGUCCUCAGGCCUCGAGCGCGCCAUCGAGAACAUGUGCCGCAAGACCCGCGACCUACGCCGGCAGCUGCGCAAGGCCGUCGUCGACCACGUGUCCGACAGUUUCCUGGAGAGCAACGUGCCCCUGCUGGUGCUGAUGGAGGCUGCUCGCAACGGCCAUGAGAAGGAAGUCGAGGAAUAUGCCAUCGUGUUCACUGAACACGCCAACAAACUGGUUGAGGUGGCUAACCUGGUGUGCUCGAUGUCGAACAACGAAGACGGCGUGAAGAUGGUGCGCCACGCCGCCGGGCAGAUCGAGGCGCUGUGCCCGCAGGUGAUCAACGCAGCCCGCGUGCUUGGCGCCCGCCCCCGCUCCCGCGUCGCUCAAGAAAACGCCACCGCCUUUGCCCGCGCCUGGGAGCAAGCGGUCAAGCUGCUCACUGAGGCCGUCGACGAUAUCACCACUAUUGACGACUUCCUGGCCGUGAGCGAGAACCACAUCCUGGAGGACGUGAACAAGUGCGUGGUGGCGCUGCAGGAAGGCGACCCGGACUCGCUGGAGCGCACCGCCGGCGCCAUCCGCGGCCGCGCCGCCAGGGUGUGCUCCGUGGUGACCCAAGAGAUGGACAACUAUGAGCCGUGUAUCUACACCAAGCGCGUGCUAGAAGCCGUCACCGUGCUCAGGGACCAAGUGAUGUCAAAGUUCGCCGUCCGCGUGGACGCGGCGGUGUCGGCGCUUGGCGGCGGCGCCGGGCUCGACGAGAACGAGUUCAUCGACGCCUCGCGCCUCGUCUACGACGGCGUGCGCGAGAUACGCCGCGCAGUGCUCAUGAACCGGGAGGAGGAAGACCUAGACCCUGAGGACGUGGAGCUAGACGAACACUACACUCUGGAGACUAGGAGCAAAUCGAGCGCGCACACCGGGGAACACGGUGUGGACGAGUACCCCGACAUCAGCGGCAUUACCAACGCUAGGGAAGCCAUGCGCAAGAUGACUGAGGAGGACAAACGCAAGAUCCUCCAGCAAGUGGAGCUGUUCCGUCGCGAGAAGAUGACCUUCGACAACGAGGUCGGCAAGUGGGACGACGCAGGCAACGACAUCAUCACGCUCGCCAAGCACAUGUGCAUGAUCAUGCUCGAGAUGACCGACUUCACCAGGGGCCGCGGACCUCUCAAAACCACCAUGGACGUCAUCAACGCCGCCAAGAAGAUCUCUGAAGCCGGCACCAAGCUGGACAAACUCACGAGGGAGAUAGCCGAACAGUGUCCAGAAUCAUCAACUAAACAAGACUUGCUCGCAUACCUCCAGCGCAUAGCCCUGUACUGUCACCAGAUUCAGAUCACCAGCAAAGUGAAGGCCGAUGUCCAGAACAUCUCCGGAGAGCUGAUCGUCAGCGGGGCCGAUGUCCAGAACAUCUCCGGAGAGCUGAUCGUCAGCGGGCUCGACAGCGCGACGUCCCUCAUCCAAGCGGCCAAGAACCUUAUGAACGCCGUGGUCCUCACGGUGAAAGCGUCCUACGUCGCUUCCACCAAGUACACCAGGCAGGGAACCAUUGCUUCCCCGAUAGUGGUGUGGCGCAUGAAGGCGCCCGAAAAGAAGCCUCUGGUACGGCCAGAGAAGCCCGAGGAGGUGCGCGCCAAGGUGCGCCGCGGCUCACAGAAGAAGCAGCCCAGCCCCGUGCACGCGCUCGCAGAGUUCCAGUCCCCCGCCGACAGCGUCUAGUAUGGAAAAGCUGAUUACCACCACGCAUCGGCAUCACGAGGUAGAAAAUUAUAAGCAUUUGUUCAACAUUAAGCUCAUAUUUAUAUUCCAAAAGUGUGAUUUUUUUAUGUAUUGGAAAGAUAUUUUUUUAUAAUUUCUAUUCAAAUUAUUUAAUCUUAUUUCGAUGAGAAAUAUGUAAUCACAUACCGUAUGACUUUUAU